AUGGACCUCUCCAAUCAUAAAGACGUUGUAAAGCUUGCUUUAAAUAUGCAAAUGCAUAAUGUUGAUAUGCAAACGAAAUUAUUUUCUCUUUUGGCUGAUAAGCUUCCUACAUCUCCGAGUGGUGAUCUUUUGGAGAAGACACUUAUGAUGCAAAAGAGGCUCAAGGCUUUUCUUCUUCUAAAUGGCUCCAAUCCGAAUGCAUGGAGCUCGUGGCCUAGCUUUUCAAUGGCUAACCUCCAGCAUGAGUUUAUGCAGCGGCUAUUUUCCGACAACAAAGGAAGCGUCGAUUUUGUCUCUGAUCCCUGUGACGCCUUUUUACUGUGGCAUAUGUUCAAAGCUGAUCUUGAGCGAUGUAUCACACCUUCUACGAUCAGCCGACUUACAAGCUUACUAUCACGCCGGCCGCUCACCCUUAGAAUUUGCAUACCGUUCAAUCAGCCGGCUUCAGGGGCACUUCCCGGUUCUGGGACUGGCAUUGGCUUCUGUCUUCUUUCGGAUUUAGAUCGUCACGAAGCCGAUCGUAUGGUGGCCAGCGAGGCUGCGCUGCACCGAUGGCUUAGAGGCGACCUACUACCAGGCUUAUUACGUCAGGCUCCAGAAGCCUUGGUAACUGUUUUUCAUUUAGCUGUAUACUUUUAG